AUGCAGUUCACGACCCUUACGACCCUUUUUUGCGCCCUUGUUCUCACCGCCCUUACUGCCAAUGCCGCGGCAAUUGACAAACGCGACACGACGACGAACCUCGCCACAAUGACUGUCGACCAGGACCAGUUCCUCUCGAUGAUAACCGCAUCUGUGAGCGUAUCGGCAACAAACGCUGCCGUGACGAUCAACGUCGCCGUUCCCGUCGUCGUCACCCCCGGGGUCGGGGUCCAGGCCAUGGCUACGCAACUCGCAGCUGGUAUGCAGGACUUCGUGUUCGAUGUCGAGCGACGGAUGCUCCCUUCAGGUCUCUCUGCGGUGACGGCCAUUCACAGCUCGACGCCCAUCCUCGAGGUCAUUGCCCCAACAACAACGAUCACGCUCGCCAACGGCCCUGGGCCAGUGAGCACCGCGGUGGUUGGCAACAUGCCGUUCUUCGCUGCAGUCCCGAACGGCGCUAUGGGUUCGCCUCGGCGCGCGUUCGUCGGCGUACUGGGAACACUCGGCCUGAUUGCGGGCGGGGCGGCGAUGGUGUUGUAA